UCAACUGCCCGUUGGCGGUCGAGUAUAAAGACCGCGUUCCCCUCCGUCACCGCGUUCCUCUUACUUUUACUUAUUCCUCAACCCUGCUCUUCCUCCAUCAACUUCAUCCACUUUCUUAACUUUUUCAACCCUUUCAACUUUACCUUUCUCACCCAUCAUCAAAAAUGGCUCCCCCCCAAGGCUGCUGAGAAGAAGCCCUCUACUGCCGGCAAGGCUCCUGUCGGUGGCAAGGCCCCCGCUGAGAAGAAGGAGGCUGGCAAGAAGACUUCCGCUGCCACUGGCGAGAAGAAGAAGCGUGGCAAGACCCGCAAGGAGACCUACUCCUCCUACAUCUACAAGGUCCUCAAGCAGGUUCACCCCGACACUGGUAUCUCCACCCGUGCUAUGUCGAUCCUGAACUCCUUCGUCAACGACAUCUUCGAGCGCGUUGCCACUGAGGCCUCCAAGCUGGCUGCUUACAACAAGAAGUCCACCAUCUCUUCCCGAGAGAUCCAGACCUCCGUUCGCCUCAUCCUCCCCGGUGAGCUGGCUAAGCACGCCGUUUCUGAGGGUACCAAGGCUGUUACCAAGUACUCCUCCUCCGCCAAAUAA